UUAAAAAUGGAUUUAGGUGGUCGUGUGCAAUAUUUACAGGCCCAGUUAUUUCCAGUAUGCCCACUAACACCAUUAUCCGGUGGAGGUCGAGGUUUUCUUGGUAGUUUCCUAUCGAAGGGCCUGAAAACCAAUCAAUUAGAAGUGAAUACCGAUGAGAAAACAUUGCGACCAAUAGCUCGUCUGAAAGAGCCACGUGACUUGUUUGCCCUGCCCAAAGAUAAGGAUAAUGAUUGUUCACAACAGGCCCCCCGAUGGCCGAUUGAAUGUCAGAGCGCACAACAGGCCUCCACAUGUCCCACAACGGACAUGUGGUGGUGUAAACCACCCCUCUUUUCAAACUAA